AUGCAUGUCACUCAUAUCUUGCUUUGAACAAGAUUGCUGUCUUAAUGCCGACUGUGAUGCCUUAACAUGGCACAUGAUUCUGUCUGGAAACCGCACAAGUCUGCCCUCUUCCCAGAGUCCCAACUCUUACGUACUUUGCCCUCAUAACAGCGUCCAGUGGUCCAAUGACUGACCCAACGCCAAGAAGCUCACAUACCCGCACGCCCUGCUCUUCAUCCUCCACUCCAUCUCUUCUCUAGGUGUAAUCUGGCCCCAGAAUGCUUCUUGACUAUCUUAUGCCAUCACAUUGAAAGUCCUAUGUGACCAACACGCUAUUCUCUUUAAUUGAUUUCCUCCCCUUGAAAGGACAUAUGAUGUUUUCUGAUUUGGGCACGAUACCUUUAUCCCGCACACUCCUUCCCCAAUGGAUUCUCCCUUGACCCAACAAUUACGCCCAGACUCCUUCGAACCCAAGAUUGUUCAAUUAUAUCUUCAUCUCUUCAAUGUCCUUGCGAAUGAUGAUGUCCUCGACUCAGUGCCAUCUGAGGGCUUUUGGAGGGAAUUCUUCCUGCUCAAACCUGACAGGCAGAGGCUCUAUCAAAUCCUUGAACCAAUGACAGCCUUCGAUCUCCUCCAUAUGCAGACUCAGAUGCAAGUCUUUUUCAAACGAGCAAUCGUCGAAGCUACGUCAGGCAUCAGUCCCCGGGAUGAGAAUGCUCUUGAGGUGGGUUGUCUCCCAAGAUGUGUCUGGCUCCGUUUUGACUAGCCAAGAACCUCACCGCAUUCCUUUGUGCCGUGUUCGAUAAGAAAUAUCCUAAUCCCAACACCGAUGUCAUCGAUGUCCUGGCCGGCUUGGAUACAAUCGACAAAUCAAUGUCCGAUCUUGUCCACAGCCUCGAAUCAAUGAUCCGUCUGGCCAGUAACCCGGUACUUCGCACCAAGGCUGUCGACACCGUCCUAGCGUUGGUCGCAGGUGGUUUCCACACGAGCCUCGUCUCGUAUUUCAUGCACAGGGAUCUAUUUUCCGCCUUGAUGAAGUAUGUGCAUGAUGUUCAUUCACAAUCGCCCGGUGCUACAUCCAAAGCAUUUGUCGUCGUCGGAGUCUUGUCAAGUUACAACAAAUUCGAAUCUCAGAAUGUCUAUCAGAAUCGUCUGGAGGAUUUUGUCAACGAGGACACGAUCCGGAUCCUGGUACAGCAAUUUGCCAAAAUUUCCCUCAGUUCUCGCGAUCGAUAUAUCGAGGCUCAGGACGACUAUCCUCCGCCGUGGAAUCUUAACUCGACCUUGACCAUGGUUGGGCUUCGAAGUCUAUCCGGCGAUGCCAACAAGCCUCCUCCAUUGACAGAGGAGGAAGUCAAGGUUUUAUUUUCAUCCUUACCAGACUACGAUGCUUCUUCUAUUUUGUCUUUGUACUCAUUUGUCCAUGCCAACAAGUUGUUCGCUGCAAACCUCUUCAACUCACCCCUCGACAAAGACAAGCUGGCCCCGUUUUCGACUUUCCUUUCCUCCACCUCAUACAUCUCGCAUCAUGCGUACCGAGGCCAACGGCAGUCGACCUAUGCCGUGCUCAGUCUGUUAUCCCUGAGAAUCAUGGUCGAAGACACCAUAUUGGCGAAAAAGAUGUCCUCGACGGACUCGAAGAUGACGGUGCGGUUAUGUCGACAAAGGGCUCCUCACUUACCAUUAGUCACCUCACCGCGGAUUCCAGCAACGGGGAUCCUUGACCUGUGCACCGACAUACUCAGUCACAAUCUUCGCAAGAAGCUCGACGUCCAGUUGUAUGGUCUGGCGCUUGGUAUCAUCCUCCGAGUAAUCACCCAUCUUGAGCAAUACAAGAUCCGAUUACAACACCACUGGGCGUACAUCUGGGGCUCGCUCAUUUCAUUGAUGCGAUUUCUGACACAAUACGCCAGUGAUUUGAAAUAUCUGCGAUACAUUCACCGAGACUUGUGUAGUGUGCUGGCUAAUCUGGCAGCCUUUUGUCUCAGCAAGGGCGACGGCUUUCUCCCUGAUCCAGCAAGCUUUGACGAUUUGUUCUACAAGUUAAUUGAGGCCAACGAGGUUUUGAUCAAGUUCAAACAAGCAUAUUGCGAUUCCAGCUCACCAUCAGAUCAGCUCAAUGGAUCAGUCGAGGCCUUGCUCAGUGUGUCAACACACUACCACAAUCUUCUCCAAGCUCAGCAUGGAAAAAAGACCCAUCAGUCUCCAGCUGCAAUACAGAAAGUAAUCAAGGAAGGCUAUGAGACGCUUAAUCUCGAGUCUGACCAAAGAUUUGGUGAAUGGGAACGAUGGCGAGAGAGCAACUGGAAAGCCGAACUCAAGAAGAUGAUGCGAGUGGCUGUAGAGGAUGCGAGGCUGCUGGCACUCCAAUGAUAAUAAUAGUUGUUUAGAUGUAUGAUGUGAGAUGAUGAAAUGUGAGAUGUCUUUGUCAG